AUGGAGAUUGGGGACAGAGGGUCUUUCAUCUGGAGGUUUCACCGAGAUCGGUGUUCUUGCUGCCCCAAAUCCCUGCCCAAGGAACUUCUGGAAGACAUACUGGGAGUCCCUCCUCAGACUGCCCAAACCUCUGGACUAUACCCUAUACUGGAUAAAUCCAAGCCCUCAGUUCCUCCUAAGUCAAAACCUUGGACUGUCCUUCCGCCCGAGGAGAAUACCUUGAUAGACCUACUAACAGAGGAACCCCCACCUUACCAUCCUCAACCUCUCCCUGACCCCAACCCUCAUCCGGAUUCCUCCGAAGAGGAUGAGGAACCCCCAACUGCUGGGACCCUCCCAGACCCCUCUCUGAUGGUGGGAAGACUCCGGGGGCGCAAGGAGCCUACAACUUCUGGGGAAACCUCAAAGACUUUCCCCUUGAGACAGACUGGAGGCCCCAAUGGUCAAUAUCAAUACUGGCCUUUCUCUGCCUCCGACCUUUAUAACUGGAAAACCCAUAACCCUUCCUUCUCGAAUGACCCUGUAGCCUUAACCUCUUUGAUUGAGUCCAUUCUAGUGACCCACCAACCGACCUGGGAUGACUGCCAGCAGCUUCUCCAGACUCUCCUCACCUCCAAGGAGAGACAAAAAGUCUUAUUAGAAGCCCGUAAAAAUGUUCCUGGGGACAAUGGGCGUCCCACCCAACUCCCCAAUCUGAUUAAUAAGGCUUUUCCCUUGACGCAGCCUGAUUGGGAUUACAACACUGAUGAAGGUAGGAACCACCUACGUCUCUAUCGCCAGUUACUCAGAGCGGGUCUCCAUGGGGCUGGACGAAGGCCCACCAAUUUGGCUCAGGUAAGACAAACUGUUCAGAGGGCGGACGAAACCCCUACUGCAUUUCUAGAAAGAUUGAAGGAGGCAUAUCGAAGGUUUACUCCUUUCGACUCAGAUAGUGAGGAACAGAAAGGCAAUGUCUCUAUGGCAUUCAUUUGGCAAUCUGCCCGUGACAUUAGAAGCAAGCUAAAAAGGUAG